CUGUCAUCUCGUUUGUGUUGCAGCAGAUGCGCUAUUUAUACUGGAAUAUAGCUGUUUUCACAUAGAUUGCUUUCGUUACUUGUUUUCAAGAAAAGACUGAUCAAUCUAGUUCGAGUACAUCUGACCCGCUCCGAUAAAUUUGUGUUAUUUUUUGGGCUGAAACGGCUGAUUGUUGUUUCACUUUGAUCGCAGUUCUUGAGAUCCUACAAGUCGAUGUACGCCAGGUAAAUAACGUUCAACGCCUCAGGUAUACCCCAAGCACUCCUUCAACGUUGCUGUGAGCAGUUCAUUACAAUAUAUAUCACGCUGACAAUACAAAACGUGUAUCGUUCUUGUCUCUGCAAGUUAAUUGAACCUUCAACUUUAUCUUAGGAAGGAAUGAAUGAACGAGUUCGUAUCGACCGGAUUCAACUAUAAUUUUUUAAGGAGUAACAGACGCAAAAUAUCAACAAGCGUGUUCGAAAGACAUGGCUCUACCAACACUGCCAGCCUACUGGCAAAUGAAGUACAAGAAUAUUCAAGAGAAGAACAUUGUACAGAGAAGAAACCAUGACCAUGAUUUCAGGGAAAAAUGGGCCCAAAAUGCAAACUAUUUUCACCAGUCGGACGUGCAGACGACGAAGCAGAGAGCCUGGUCUUCAGAUAGUUCGUUUCAAGACAGCAUGGAUGCUUUCAAAAGAAAACAUGAGAGUGAAACUAAAAAAAUUAGAUUGACAGAGCGUAGACGAAAACUUCAACAGUUGAUUCAAAGCGAACGUGACCAAUAUGAAGCAGAAUUGAAAGGCUUAUCAUCAGAUAACUAUCGACGACUAGAUUCAAUGAGGGAGAGAAGUGAGGAGUUGAAAACGCAGAAAGAAACAGCCAGGAAACAGAUUGCCGAUGAGAAAUUGUAUCAACACUUUAGAAAAAACAACCCAGAUUUACGAAAGAUUGAAUCAGAACAACACAAACAAUUCGUGAUAAAUAAAUGGUCUGAACAAGUAGAAGAAAUGGAAGACAGAUUGGAAUCUGCAAGAGAAGACAAACGGAAAUUUGAUGAAGAGUUGGAAAGAGAACGACUUGCCGCAGUAGAAAGAGACAGGAAGUAUCAGGAAGCGAAGUACAGAGACGAAAAGGAACAGGCUGCGAUGUUGAAGGAACAAAUGAUGGAAUUGAGGGCGCGAGAAGCUGAAGCCAGUAGACUGAAGCAAGCGGAAGCUGACCUGAUGAAACAACAAUGGCAACUAGAACAAUUGGAAUCUCAGAGGAAAGCUCUGGAGGAAAGACGAAAGAAAAGUGAACUUGGUAGAGUACUGACAAGACAGUAUAAAGCCCAACUCAGAAGACGAUCGCAACAAGUACAAGAAGCUUUGGAACUUGAUCGAAGGAUCUUGGCUGCUCUUGCUGAGAAACAAGAUGAAGACAUGCAAGUGCAGACAGCCAGGAGAGAGAAAGCACGAGCAGAUGCUGCCUGGAUGAAACAAGUUGUGGAAGACCAACUCAAACUGGAACAAGCCAGAGAAGCAGAACUUGAUAUGCUAUACAGAGAUGAAGCGGCCAGAGUUUGGCAGAAAAGAGAAUCUGAGUGGGAGAGGGAGAAAAAAGCCAGAGAGAGGCUUAUGUCGGAGGUUUUACAAGGACGUCAAGAACAGAUUCAUGACAAGAUGGAAGAAGUAAGAAUACAACAGGAGGAGUCAUUAGAAAGACGAGAGGAACUGAUACGAGAUUUGGAACUAGCACAACAACUAACACAUAGAGAGCAGGCAGUCGCAGAACAGAAAAAGAAAGAAACCAGAGCAGAAAUUGAUGCCCAACUCACAGAGCGCCGAGACAGAGAAGCAGAGGCAAGGAGACGUCUUGAAGAUGAGUUAGAGAGAGAGAGAAUGGCGGAAAGAGAUUAUGAGGAGAUGCUACGUGAAGAAGCUUCUCAGAUGUCUAUUAGAGGUUUUGAACCACAGUCACAUCCAAGACCAAGAUCUGCAUGGGAUUAAUCAAAUGGUAAAAGUCAAUCAUAGAACUCACUGCAGUUUGAGAACCACUCAGCUAUCCCUCCGUGUAUCAAGAUUCACCAACUGAAGGAAGCCGUGCAUGGAAACUACAAGCUUCAACACUUAGGCUGCGACUUGUUGUUGCUCAAACAAUGCAAUCUGUUUAUUUCACCGUACUGCCUUUUGUAUGUUCAUCUUAUUGUACAGAUAGCAAUCACUUUAUAAAUAUAUAUAAGCACUUGAUUCUUGUUUUUCAUCUAGCGAUGUAAUUUAUAGUAUAUCAUAUAUACAUGCCUUAGUGUUAGACCACACAUUCAUAUACAAAUAAAUAAGUACUUAAGUUUGUUUUACAGGGUGGGUGAAUUAAACGCAUCAUAUAUGCAACAUAUACAUGUGUAUAUUACAUGUUUCAAAUAUAUGGUGUACAGUUUUUAAAAGAAAGUGUGGUUGAUUCAAUUUUUGUCAUAUAUAAAAAUAUACACGAUUUUUGUGAGUCUAAUUUCCAUUCCAACUUUCAUUGCUUUGAUAACAGGAAAUAUACGUUAAUUUUUUUUUCUUCUUUUGUUAAUUGUGUAAAUUUAUAUUUGAUCAGUUGCCGUCCUAACAUGUCACACAAAUAAACUUUUUCAUUCCCUUAUUACAGAAUAAAAUCAGAUUUUUCCACAUU